GCAGUUUCAAUGCUGUUAGCCUACUACCAUCAUAUGGGUAGCUAACGGGACGACAGGCGAAACAAGACUGUUUUUCAAAGAUUAGUCAUCCAAUUGAUGGGCAUUUCAUUGAUUGUUUGCAGAAAAAAAGCGACUCACUAACCGUUUACUAUUCAUAGGCACCAUGUUCUACACUUGUGGCCCCAACGAAGCAAUGGUGGUGUCAGGAAUUUGCCGCUCACCCCCUCUGAUGAUCGCUGGAGGUCGAGUGUUUGUCAUUCCUUGCAUCCAACAGAUCCAGAGGAUCUCUCUGAACACCCUGACUCUAAACGUGAAGAGUGAUAAAGUGUACACACGCCACGGAGUUCCCAUCUCAGUCACUGGUAUCGCUCAGAUGAAGAUACAGGGGCAAAACAAGCAGAUGCUGGCCGCUGCCUGUCAGAUGUUCAUGGGGAAGUCAGAAGGUGAGAUCUCCCACAUCGCCUUGGAAACACUGGAGGGACACCAGAGGGCUAUCAUAGCACACCUGACUGUGGAGGAGAUCUACAAAGACCGCAAGAAGUUCUCUGAGCAGGUGUUUAAGGUGGCCUCCUCAGAUCUGGUCAACAUGGGCAUCAGCGUGGUCAGCUAUACGCUCAAAGAUGUCCAUGACGACCAGGACUACCUCCACUCCCUGGGUAAGGCUCGCACUGCUCAGGUCCAGAAGGACGCUCGGAUCGGAGAGGCCCAGUUCAAACGAGACGCUGUCAUCAGGGAGGCCCACGCCAUGCAGGAGAAGAUUUCUGCCCAGUAUGUGAACGAGAUCCAGAUGGCCAAGGCCCAGCGAGACUACGAGCUGAAGAAGGCUGCCUACGACAUCGAAGUCAACACCAAGAAGGCAGAGUCAGAGAUGGCCUACCAGCUCCAGGUGGCCAAGACCAAGCAGCGCAUCGAGGAGGAGACGAUGCAGGUGAAGGUGGUGGAGCGCAGCCAGCAGAUCCUGCUGCAGGAGCAGGAGAUCUCCCGCAAGGAGAUGGAGCUGGAGGCCCAGGUCAAGAAGCCUGCAGAGGCUGAGAAAUACCGCCUGGAGAGGCUGGCCGAGGCCACACGUCUGCAGCUCAUCAUGGAAGCGGAGGCAGAGGCUGAGUCCAUCAAGAUAAAGGGUGAGGCCGAGGCGUUUGCAGUGGAGGCUAAGGGCCGUGCAGAGGCAGAGCAGAUGGCAAAGAAGGCUGAGGCCUUCCAGCAGUACAAGGAGGGGGCCAUGGUGGACAUGCUGCUAGAGAAGAUCCCUAUGAUGGCCGAGGAGAUCAGCAAGCCCCUGUUGGCUGCCCAGAAGAUCACCAUGAUCUCAAGUGGGGAAGGGGAGGUGGGCGUGGCCAAGCUUACAGGGGAGGUGCUCGAAAUCAUGACCCGCCUCCCAGAGACGGUGGAGAAACUGACUGGUGUCAGCAUAUCCCAGGUGACCACUCGCAUGGGCUAAAGAGGAGAAAAGGCGUAGGGAAGAGGGUCUCAAGAAGCCCCGCCCAUUUCUGCCCGGACCCUGUGUAUGCAUAUGUGUCCCCGCCUUACACACACACUCACACACACACACACAGUCUAUAUACUAUAUCUCUUGUUCUGACAUGAACACAUCAACAUAUCUAUAUCAUCUUUACAUGGCCCUGUUGGAACCUUUGUUCUCAUGCGUCUUUAGCCCUCCCUUGUCUUUUUAUAUCUUUCUUCUCUUCUUUCCUCUGUCUCUCCCUCCUUCCUACCUUCUCCUUUCCUUGUUUCCUUGCCCUCUCCCUGUCAGUCCAUCCUCUCCUCCUCCAGUACUGCCCGUGUCCACUGCCUUGCUGCCAAACCCAAAGUGCUUCUUAACAUGCGAGUUUCAUGCAAACGAGCAGUUCAGACCUAUUAUACAGUAUUCUAGUUUAGAAAACUAGCUUAUUUUGCAAGUUCAUCCCUCAGUCUUUCUGUCAUAGCGAGGUUGCCCCAGAGGGGCAACGGUCUGACCAGACCAAAUCCAUAACCUAAGAUCCAUCUAGUUUUCACAUGUUUUAGCCAGAUUUAUAGCUUUUAAGUUAAAUUUUUUUUAUCUCAUCACAGUAUGGGAUUUUGAAAAGUGUCAUCCUGUAGCUAUUAAGAGUUGUCAGUGAUGACCUUUAAUCAAAAAGGAAUGUAUGUGAAAUCAACCGAUCAAAGUAUGAAAUCAUUUUUAACAGUUGCAAAGUCUCUUGGGAGAAUGAGUGCCAUUUGACCAAUGCCGCGAGUGGUUCAGUUAUUGAAUAUGCUUUUUUUUAUUUCUGUAUACAACAUGUGCUUUCUCAUGAAUACACAUGAUUUUAUUUGGUUUUAAUGUAAAAAUGUUCUGCUGUUUUCACAGAAUUGUUCUAUUUAUCACUAUCCUAUGUAAAAACAAAGUCGUCAUAUUUAUUCGUUAGUUGUAAGGAACUGAUUUCCUCACAGAGAUCAUGUACUGUAACCAUUCUCACAGAUGUGAUUUCUUUUACCUUACAUUGGGGGACAAUACGACCAGUUGACUUCUCUUUAUAAGCUGUUAUAGCAGUCAUGACAUCCUUGCACUGCAAACAACGCAGACACAGAAUACUAUACUACGGUUUGGUGCAAUCAGGACAAUUGCUCUACUGAUAUAAUGAGAGCAUACAAGGGAGUGUUAAGCAGCGUUAUAUGGCCUAGUCUUUCAUGGAUCUGCCAAGGUCCAUGAAUGAUGAGGUCAUCUGAAGAGGUACAGGGUGUUGAAAAAGAGCCUUCAGGAUGCUUCUUUUUUGGCUCCCAAGUGAAUUGUACAAACCAGGCUGCCAUUUCAUGAAGGUUUACAGUAUAUCGUCAAUGCAGGAUUUCACAUAGAGAGAAUCUUUGCAAAUCUGGUGCAUAUGCAGACUCAUGCAGUUUUCCAUUUCACUUUGAGAAAGGAUUAGCCCAUUGUAAGAUCUGUUCCUCGUUUAUCACACCUUUCCACACCUCUGCCAUUUGGAAAGUUGAGAAGAGAGAGCCUCAAUAGUCUACCAGCUAUGAGUGGCUCAUGGCUGUUCAGUACCGAGUCAGGUUAACCAUGGUUUAGGAAAUGACUUGAAGCCAGUGUAUCUAUGAAGUGUCCAAACUUGCCUUAUCCCUCCACACACACCAUCCCCCCUCUACCUCACCACCAUCCACUGACUCAACACAUCUUAUAUUCUGCACUCCUGCCUUCUGCUGCAGCCAGGACUCUGUUGUUCUGUAUUUGGAAUGAGAUAUUCUGAUGUUAACACAACAUUAGGCAUGUUUUCUGCUGUUUUAUGUACAAAUGCAAUGUUUUAUGUUUUUGUUAUGCUAUUGUUGUUCUAGGUUAGAAACCUAGCACGGCCAAAGGCUCAAACUUUGCCAGGGGGGCUAUUGUGCUUUAGCCCAGCAUCUGUGGGCUUUAUGGAGUGCAGUUAAUGUACUGUUGAGAUGUUGUCCUCAAAAUUUCAGGAAUUAAUUUAAAUACUAACACUAUGAAUACUAACAUGAUCUAUUUAACACUAAAUAUUUAACUUGAAGAUGAAAAUAUUUGAUCCACAAUGUAACAACUCUCAGUGUUUUGUCUUUCUAUGAGAUCUCCCUAAAGAAUUGUUUCCCCCAGUACGUAUUCUGGGGCAGCAGUUAUCACAGGAAGGGAGACAGACUAGUGUACUGUUAAAGGCCUCUUUGGGUUUGUGACCCAUCUCUUGACUAACUCUUCCUAACAGUUUGUGUAUGCAUGUUUAACUGUCUCUGACCAGGGUACAGUCUGCCACUGCGUUUCUGUGCAAUGCCCCUACCAUUCUUUUUUAGUUCAUACUUUGUCACGUUUGAUACUGAUCUUAUUGUUGAUCGAUCAACCAAGUUGGAAUGCUAUAAAUGCAUAAUAGGUUCUGUGAGGAAUAGAACAAAUACUUUAAGGCAGGUGUUUUGUAUCCUUGUUAGAUUCUUCUUCAAUGCUAAAUAUUUCUCAGAUGGCUGUCCAGAUAAUAAACUGUGCUGUUUGAUUCCUUUCACAAGAAGUACAGGCCAAAUAUAAAUAUGCUUCAGUGCUUCUUUCUGUUUGUGUUUUUAGCCCUCCAGUCAGACUCCGAAUAUUAGACAUUUGUAGAUUUGUAGGAAAUGUGUAUUGUUGAAGUAUAUCAAAUAAACACAAGUCAAAAAACAUGUACUGUCUCAUUCUUUCCGUGUGGUGGAAGGAGUAGCAGGAAGCAUCUGUCUCAAACUUUAUUAUUCAUACAGGAAGAAACUCUGUCUCUCCAGAUGAACAUGUGUACUGUGCAUAUACAGCAAGUGUAGCAUACCUGGGGUAGUUAAUAAUUAGAAGGACUGUAGUAGGAGCAAUAGUAACAACAUUAAUAAGAAUAUUGAGAAAUGUGUUAUUUCAAAAGACACAUCAUGAAAUACAAUACAUAAAGACAACCAGCCACUCAGGAGCCUGCUGGGCCAAAUGCAGCUCCGUGAUUAGAUAGCAGUGUAGAGAUAGCCCCCGUGUAAAAUGGCCAAGUUGUAAUCUGCCUGCACUGCAGUCAUGUUGCAUAGAUUCCAACAUCAAAAGUAUACCUCAUUUAGACAGAGUUCUGCAGAGACCAACACGGUGUCCAGAUUUGUGGAGAUCUGGAGUUUCCCAAUUGCUUCGUGCUGGUAAGACCUCACUAAAGCCAUUGAUUCAAUGGACAAAUUGGAUCUCACAUACACAAGGCUCUUGGCCAUUUCAGCCCAGAUCAGCAUCAAAUCCAUUCUAAUGCAUGACAGUUUGAACCCCAUCCAUAUGAUUUAAUGAUGCAGCAAUCUGUGAAACGUGACCGUUAUGCACUGGACCUGGAACACAACCUUGACAUUUUAUGAACUGUUUUUGUUUCUUUUCAUACGUAUUUGAAUAUCUCUUUUUUGUUUACAGAGACCAGUCUUCCCUUUUAUGAGUGAAAAAAGUCAUCUAUAUAUAUAUAUAUAUAUGUACAAGAUAGCUUACUUACAGGAACCUUGCAGCGAUAACAAUGGGAUUACAUUGACAGUUGCAUACAAUUAUUAUAACGAAGGUAGUAAUAGUUUGUAUGAAAGGCUUAAAAAAACAACUUGUUAAAGAGUACCUGACAGUCAUUUCAUCUACCAUCUUCCUGUGGCCUUCUGCAAUACAGCAACCAUUCUUUUGGGUGGAAGAUAGAAAAUGAUGAAAAUGAAUGUUCUUUUAAUACAAAAGCCUAUUUUUUAAAGAUGUUCUCCAGCACGUUACCUCCCUCAUUCACUCUCUCACUCUCUCUUGUUCUCUCUUGCCGCUCCCCCUCAUCGCUCACACAUUACACUAUUGGUAGAAAAAUACGUACAUAUGAAGAUAUACAACUCAACAUGACAAUGAUGGAAAAACCAAAGAUAAAA